GCAGGCUUCACUCAGUCCGCAGGUGAACGGUUGUUGCACAUCACCCGACCGUGAAUCUGUUGAAUGCAUCCAAGCAAAAGGGCACAAGCCUUGUGAGUUGAGAUGGAGAAUGAGAUGAGGAGCGCAGCAAACUUCAAGUCUGUUUUGAACACUCCGAGCCGAGCAAACAACUGGCAAAACGCCUUGGAGCUGUGUGUUCGCGGGCAUGACGAAGCAGAUGUCAUCACAUACAGCGAAGUGAUCAGCAAAGCGGCAUGGCCUGUGUCCCUGUGGGUGCUCCAGCUUGCCAGGAGAGCCCUGCGGGCAGAUGUCAUCAGCUUCACUCAGGGCAUUUUUGCGUGCAAAGCAGAGCAGUGGCUGCAGGCUUUGGCAUUGUUUGACCAGAUCCAAAAAGUGGCGCUUGCACCAAGCGUCGUCUCCUAUGGCGCGAUGCUGCGUUUGCGUGGUGGCACUCUUAACUGGUCACAGGCAUUGGUGCUCGUGGGAGGGAUGAGACCCCAGCAUUUGCAGCCCAAUGUCGUUGUCUGCAACACUACGGUGAGCGCAUGCGGUGACUGCUGGCCAGAAGCUUUGGGACUGCUCUGCGAGUUGCGUUUCCGAGGCUUGCAAAGUGACCUCAUCACCAUCAAUGCAGUGAUGAAUGCUGCUGAGAAAUCGGAAGCAUGGGCAGCCGCAUUGACACUCCUCCAAACAUUAGAGCACAAACCAAACCUCAUUACGUCGAACAGUGCCGUGAGUGCUGCAAGGGCAGCGUGGCCAUGUGCUGGGUUACUUUUUGAGAAAGGGCGCCAAAACCGUAUGCAGGACCUGAUCAGCUACAACGCUACAUUGACGGGCUCUGGCGCCGCCUGGGCGCAGGCCUUUGACCUCCUUGCCCAACUGCAGAGCAUGCUGAGGGCGACUGUGGUGAGUUACAACGCUACGAUCACCGUGUGUGAAAAAGCUGCUCAGUGGCUGCAAGCAUUGCAUUUGCUGUCGGGGCUUCAGCUGAAAGGGCUGGAAUCGACCGUGGUGACGAGAAGUGCUGCAAUCUCUGCGUGUGAAAAGGGCUAUGAAUGGCCGCAGGCCUUGCGCCUCCUUUGCACGACUGAAGAGGUGAAUAAUGUUAGCUACGCAGCCGCCAUUAGCGCGAUGGAAAAGGAAGCUCAGUGGGAGUGGGCUUUGCAGCUGCUGUUUGGGAUGGAGGCCCAGGGCCUCGCUCUCUCAGUGGUGGCCUUGAAUGCCUCCAUAAGUGCUUGCGCAAAUUCCAAACAGUGGGCAGAGGCUUUGCAACUUAUGAGCGAGGCCGAAGGAAGGCAAAUGGAGCUGGAUUUGAUUACUUACAAUGCAACCAUCAACGCAUGCGAGGGCAGAGAAGCGUUGGUCCUUCUCAGCGAUUUGCGCGGCACCUUGCAGUUGGACGUCGUCUCGUACACCUCAGCUCUCAUGACAUCGGAGAGAGUGGACUGGGAGGCCACACUGGAGAGACUACGGGAGAUGAAGUCAGACGGAAUCGAUCCUGAUUUGACGGCCUGCAAUGCAGCAAUGAGCAGUUUCGCCAAGAGACGCAAGUGGCCACAGGCUCUAAAGCUAUUGCAAGAGCUGGACGCGGUGUACCUCCAAGCCGAUGACAUCUCCAUCGCCACAGCUAUAACAUCUGUCCCUUGGUACCUCGCCCAGCGACUUCUCACUACAUCCUCGCCGUCCACCCUGCGGCCUGCCUGCUCAGCAGCGGUGGCUGCUGCAGAGCAGGCAGGCCAGGUGCCCUGCAUUUUCAGCUAAAGCCUGAAGGAUUUUGCUGCGCUUGGCAAAGCAGAAGCCGCCCAUUCUCAGAUGUCCUCUAGAGAAGGCUCGGGUCAACAAAAGCCAGACAAUGCAAUGAAGAUGAAUGUGAAGGUCGGUUGCUGCUUUGGACAAUGUUGGUUGCACUAUGACAUGGCGAGGACCACAAGACUACUACAAUAUGCAGAUGUCGAGGCUUCAGAUCUUCAGCUGACGAGAGUCAGAAUAACAACUGUGCAAUACACAAGAAGGUGUUUGUGACUUCUAUGGAAUCAGUUGUGUAUUGCCGCUUGCCGCGCAUUUUCUUGUAUUCUUGCUGAUGCUCAUGCUCCAAUAAAGACUACCCAACGUUUUAGCAGGUUCCGGGUGGC